AUGGAUGAUAACAGUACACCUCGGGCUUCAAGAUGGACCAUACAGUUUGACCCUUAUUCCGGUGCUAUUGACACACAGCUGCCAGCAUCCCCAUCCAUUAUGCCAGUCUUUGGGCUACAUCUGGGUGGGGCAGGCUUGAUGUUAAGGCCCUCCAUUUUAAGCGCCUAUGUAUACAUAUGUACGUAUGUGUUUGUGUACAUGUAUUGUAUUUCUAGCUUAGCUUGGUUCCUCUUCUCAUAUAAAAACGUAGGAGUAAAAGAAAAUGCAGAGAAAAAUGCUGAGAACCACCAUAUACAAUGGGCUGACUCACAGGAGAUGGCAGGAUGCAGACUAAGUUUUGACAGCAUCCCAUUCCAAAUUGUGGGGGUCAAAGUUUCAGAAUGCCAAAAUGGGCCAGACAGAAGUAAGGUACUCAAAAGGAAGGAGGCUCAAAAGAGACCAAAAAGAGAUUGGUUUCAGAAGGAGAAUGCUGAUCACUGCUAUAACAACACCAAACAGUGCUUUAUAGUACAGGAAACAAAGAAAUGUGACUGUCCAGCAAAGAUCCACCUGAGGAAAAUAAUCAAGUAUCCUGAAAAUAAGAUUUCAGAGAACACAAAGAGUAGAAGGGGGACAAUGUCAAAAUUUCUGAGAACAAUCAAGAAGUGGAAAGAAGAAAGCCAAGAUGAUAAUUUCUUUUUCAGGCCUUGCUGCCUAACAAGUGAUAGCAAGUCCUAUCAACAACCACAGUCACUGAAGGAAGAGGACAGCACUGAUGUAAUUGAAAUAAGCAUAGGUGAUCAAUCCAACAACCUCCUCCUUGUUCACCAGACGAAGUGGCAAAGAGAGUUGCUUUUGAAGUAUGGUUGUGAAAUUUGCCUACUGGAUGCAACGUACAAAACUUCACGCUAUGCCCUCCCCACCUUCUUUCUGUGCGUGAAAACCAAUGUAGAUUACUGUGUUAGUCCUGUAGCAAAUGAAGAUUUGGAAAAAAAAGCAGAGGUUGCUGGGAAAAGCUCCAAACAGUCAGUAAGCAUGCAGAAUGAAGGAAGAUGCUGCAGAGAGUUGUUGAAAGAAAUUCAAGAUCUCACCUACCUUUGUGAAUCACUUAAGCAAGACCUUCAGAAGGCACUGGGAAAGUUCCAUCCCCUUGUGCCAUCAGAAAAUGGUAUCUUCAUGCAGGAGAAGACACAGUGUCAGAACAAAGUAUCAGAUUUUCCUGAGUAUCAAUACAGUCUCUUUAUUUUCAGCAAAUUUGUCAUUGAGGAACAUAACAGCAGAAAAAAAUACAGAUUAGCCUCGGUGUUCUUGGUUAGCCUCAGUGUUCUCAGUGUGGUACAGAGAAUGUUGUCAAGACCUCCAGUGAACACAGGAGCGGUCAAAGAGGUCCUCCCAGUCAUGAUGUUAAUUCAAGAGCUGUUCUGGCGUGUCUACACACAGGAAUCGGUGAAACCCACCUAA